CGGCGAGCUCCAACAGUAAGGCGUAUGACGCCGUGCUGAACACUUCGUGAAAAUCAUCGAAGAGAUAAAUACAGAUAAAUUAUAUCACGCACAAAUACAAUACUCGCAUUGUAUCGUGCGAUGCAUCGGAUCAUUUCGUCUACGAAAAGCAGCAUCAUCUACCUGGUUGUCCUACUUGGCGUGCAUCAAAGGAGGGCAUAAUCUGAGAGAAACUAUACCUGCCGAUGACCUGCGUGAGACCUACAGUCUCAGCCGAUGCGACUCAACCGAUCCUCGUCGAAAGAGAUCGAAAAAAGGGAUAGAAUUCUCAAUAUAGAGCUCCCAUCGCAGGCAAGAUGUAACAAAAUAUGUAAAAGAAAAACAUGGAAAUUUCUGAAAUUUAUAUUUAAUUUGCGACAACUUUAGCGACGAAAUUCGACCUGACUUAACAUUUCCGCGUGUAUACGUGCCGAUAUGUAUAAACAGCAAAUGUGCAUUUAAUUGGUUCCUCUCCGAUGAUUUGAAUUUGACACGAAAAUCUGGUGGAAAAUAUGGAAAUUCUGGGUGUCAAAUUCGCGCCGUUAAACAUACCUCUGCAAAGGAGGCUGCAGACCUUGGCGGUUGCGAUAUGGAUUUUUGUCACGCCUUUCGGCGAUUUUUGGGGAUACAUCCUCACGGCCUAUCUUCUAUUCUACACGCAAACGAUGCGUUACUUCGUGCUACUGUACUUUCUCUGGAUGUACUACGAUUGGGACACUUGCGAUCGUGGUGGCAGAAGGGAUUCGUUGACAAAGAGAAUAAGAAAUAGCGCAUUUUGGCGUUACUUCUGCAAUUAUUUUCCCUUGAAAUUAGUGAAAACAGUCGAUCUGGACCCAACGAAAUCUUAUCUUUUCAUUUCCGUACCCCAUGGAAUUUUAUCGAUAGGAGUUGUUGGUUCAUUCGCAACGGAUGUGCUGGGCUGUAGGGAGCUAUUUCCCGGACUAGAUAUACGUAUAAUUACUCUCGAUCAACAUUUCAAAAUACCUCUGUUCAGAGAAUAUGUUUAUUCGUUAGGUGGCUGCGCUGCUAAUGCGAAAAGUAUCGAGUAUUUAUUAUCAGCACCGCCAAAGAGCCCGCAUACCGGAAGAGCUGCGGUACUUAUUGUCGGCGGCGCUUCUGAAUCCAUGGAGUCGGUGCCAGGCACUUACCGUACCAUCGUAAAGAGAAGAAAAGGCUUCGUGAAACUUGCCUUAAAACAUGGCACGUCGCUAGUUCCUGUUUUCUCCUUUGGCGAAACGGAUUUAUACGAUCAAGUAUACGGUCCGGAAGGAUCGACUUUAAGACGCAUCCAGAAUCAUAUUCGCAAUUUUAUAGGAUUGGCGCCCGUCAUUUUUUCGGGUAGAGGAUUCUUCCAGUAUUCGUUUGGCCUUAUUCCGAAGCGAUUACCCGUCACCGUAGUCGUUGGCAAACCUAUCGAGCUGCCGAAAAUAGAAGCACCCACAGCUGAACAAAUCGACGAAUAUCACAAAAAAUUCAUGGAAAACUUGACUGAGCUCUUCGAGACGCAAAAGCACAAUUACAUAAACAAUGCGGAAAAAGCUACUCUCGAAAUUAACUUAUAAAACGCAUUCAAUUGAAUAACAUCAUCUAAAUCUAAAUUGUAAAUUUAUUGCUUAAUUGAAAUUCUCUUAGACUAAUUGUCAUUUUUUUUUUAAAUUUUAAAGCACUUUGGAAAAACAAAGGUUUUGGAUAUAUAUGUAAUAUAUUUAGUUAUUAUACAUAUAUGUAAUAUUAAAUAUGUUUAAUGGAUUAAUUUAAUACAUAUUACGUUCAUCCAAUUUAAAUAUAAAAAUUCUUAAUAAUUCGUGAUGAAAGUGUAAGAAUCAAAUAUCAAGUUACAAUUUAUGAUUAGAUGCAAGACAAUCUACUGAUUGAAUUUAAUCGCGUGAUUCUUGUAAUACAUAUCAAAUAUCUAUUGCUUCGCGAUAUUCUCAAAAGAGAAAAUAAAGUUACUAUUUUUUGUAAGAAUAUACAAAGCCAAAUAUUGUAAACUAGAUGAUAAAUAAAUAUAUAAUAAAAACACUGCAAUUA